AUGGAAAAAAAAGGGAUUGCUUGUGUUGCAAAUGGUGUUCCAGUUGAUAUUUCUUUAAACUUGUCAGGUAAUGUAAUAAGGAAAAGGAUUGCGAUUAAUCCUGAAGAUGUUGCUAGAAUCCCAUUGAAUCCCCGAACAACAAUUCGUUCUAUGGCUAGUGCACUAAGCAUGUCAAAAACAAGCCUUCACCGGAGAGUUAAGGAUGGAUCUUUUGAAAUCCCACUCAAAUGCUAUCAAGCCUAUGUAAACAGUGGAAAACCAGAAGAUGAGAAAUGGUUUUUCCUCUCAAGAACUUCUCAAAAAUAUUACCUACUGCCUAAGGAAGAUGAACCAUAUCGUACUUGUAAAAGUAAAAAGUUUAUAACACAAGUUAUGUUUCUUUGUGUUGUUGCUCGCCCUCGGUUUGAUUUAGAAAGAAAUGAAAUGUUUGAUGGGAAAAUUGGGAUGUUCCCAUUUGUUUAUAAAGAACCAGCUAAGUGUAGAAGUAAGAACCGGGAAGCUGGAACCUUAGAAACUAAGCCCAUUGAAUCUGCUGCAAAGAAAGAUGGCUUUGAUAUUCACUUAACUUGUCAACCUCCAAAUAGUCCAGACAUGAAUGUAUUGGAUCUUGGUUUUUUAAGAGCUCUUCAAUCUUUACAACAUCAAGAAGCUCCUCGCAAUGUGAAUGAACUAGUUGCUGCAAAUCAUAAAGCAUUUAAUGAGAUCUAA